AAAUGCUAAUAGCUCUGCUCCCCAGAUGUAAUGAAGGACAAUGCCAUAAGAUUACAGAAAAUCUACAAAUCUGAAAGUUGGCAAUGUCAGUUGCUAGCCUAGAGCUAGCAAUUAGUAGCAUAAUUACAUCAAGUACCAGUUAUUGUAGCAGUGGCGGUGGUUAAUCAUCAAGAGCUCUCUUUUUUAUGCAGGCGUGGGUAUAAAUGCAGGACCUUUGCCAUUACUCUUUCCCUUUUCUCUCUCUAGCUUCUCUCUUCCUCUCUCCUAAACCUCAAUUUUCUUACAAAACUAUUUUUUUCCUCUUCAAAAUUCUAACUUUUUAUUAUUGUUGUUUUACCCUUUCUUAACUAUUUCUGGGACAUGGACGUAUGAUACACAAAAUAUCAGCUUCUGGGCAGUAGAAAAAUUAAGAAGUUGAAAAAAAAAGCCAAAAUUCAAUAAAGUUUUCUUCAGAAAAAAGCUUCAAUGGAGGUCAGAGUAGUAAAAGUAGCUCAGAAUCUGAAAUGGGUUUCUGAUCUUAAUUCAAUAAGGGAAUUGGGGUUCUUGUGAGGGCUUUUUGGUUCUUUCUCUUGCCUGUGUUAAAGCUUGAAACUUUCGGAGAACCGAAACCCUAAGGAUAAAAAACUGUAGGGAAGAAAGGAAGGAAGAAAGAAAUAUAGAAAGAAAGAGUUUGGUGUUGGUUGCUUUUGCUGAUAGAUUGUAAAGAGUAUGGAUAUGAAUGAUAAGGAUAAUUCAGAACUAGAAAAGAGAAAUGAAGAACCUUUGAGCUACCAUCCUCCUGGUAUUUCAGCUGAUUGGCGAUAUGAAAUUCCGAAUUUCGUUAAUUCGUCAAUGGGUUUGGUGUCGAGUGGGAAUAAUAUGUCUGUUUGUGGAGAUGCAGUUGGUCCUUCGUGUUCCUCUGGUUCAAUGGUGGAUUCAUUUGGUCCAACAGUUUGGGAACAUCCUGUUAACGCAACAUCCUUAGGCUUCAAUGAGAUGAAUGUUCAUAAUGGUGCAGCCGUUUCUGAUCCACUAUCGAUGCUCAAAAGUGGCCUGUUUUUGCCAAGCAUGUCAGGGAUGCUGCCUCAUAGCUUAUCGCAGUUUCCUGCUGAUUCUGCUUUCAUUGAGCGGGCUGCUCGGUUUUCUAGCUUCAGUGGGGGGCAUUUUGGAGAUAUGUUGAAUCAUUUGGGUGUCCAUCAGUCUGGUGGUCCUUAUGUCCGAGGCGGAGAAAUGAUGCAGGGUCCACAAGAGGUGUUGUCAGGAAAUGCCUUUAAGAUGUUAGCUGGUAGACAUUCUCAAAAUCGUGAGGCAAGCUUAGCUGAACCCUCCAAGGAUGUUUCUUUACCUCUAGAACAUGGGUCCCGGGAAGGGAAUUCGCCCAGGAAUGAGACAUCGGCUGAAAGGUCUCAUGAAGAAACUAAACAAGGUGUUUCUGUGUCUGGAAAUGACUCUGAUGAACCUGAGUUUAGUGGUGGCAUUCCACAAGAAAUGACAACUAAAGAUGUGGGUGCAAAGAAAAGAAAACGGGGUAAUCAGGAUGUUGAGGCUGAGCAAGACACUCAGCAGCAAUCUGGUGAAGCUAGGAAAAAAAAUACAGAAACUCAACAAAAGGGAGAGCAGAACUCAAUACCAACUGGCAACAAGUCUAAUGGCAAACAUGCUAAACAGAGUUCUGACUCACAAAAGGAAGAAUAUAUACAUGUACGAGCACGAAGAGGACAGGCCACUAACAGUCAUAGUCUAGCAGAAAGGGUUAGGAGAGAAAAAAUUAGUGAGAGGAUGAAGUUUCUUCAAGAUCUUGUACCUGGUUGCAGUAAGGUCACCGGGAAAGCGGUAAUGCUGGAUGAAAUCAUCAACUAUGUACAGUCCUUACAGCGGCAGGUUGAGUUUUUGUCCAUGAAACUGGCAACGGUUAAUCCUCGUUUGGACUUCAAUAUUGAGCGUCUUCUUUCAAAAGAUAUUUCACAGCAGAUGUUAUCAGCACGGGCUGGUCCAUCAUCUGGCCUCGCGUUAUCUCCAGAAAUUCCAAUGACGUACCCUGCGCUCCACCCAAUUCAGACACCCGGUCUUCCUGGCACUGGAAAUUCUUCUGAUACACUCAGGAGAGCGAUUAGUUCACAAUUGCUGAACAUGGGAGGAGGAUACAAAGAACCUGCUCUGCAGCUACCAAAUGUAUGGGAUGGAGAGCUUCACAAUAUCGUACAAAUGGGCUUCAAUGCCAAUGCUCCUGAUGAUAACCAAGAAACAAACUUAUCUGCAGGUUCCGUGCCACCAAGUCAAAUGAAAGCCGAAUCUUAAUAUCAUUGCUUUUGCUCUUGUCGGGAAUUGGAUGCCAGGCAUGGAGGGAAAAACUAUGAUAUAAAGAAACAUCAAGGAGUCUCCACCUCUCACAUGAACUACAAGUUCUUGUAUAUUCGGAUAAUCCUAAUGACUGUCUCUUGGAGAACAGAAUUCACCACGAGCCUUUGAUCCUAUGUACAUUGAAGAGUAUAUAAUAAAAACGCCUUUUAAUGGUUUACUACAACUCUGCAAAGAUGUCGAUCAAGGGUGAAUAAGGCGAGGCUUAAUUUGAUAUACAGCCUCUUGCAGAAAAUCACAUUGCUAGUUGUCAGGUCAUUGAUCUGCUCUUGCUUUGGCAAGGAUGGAGGGGAGCUAGAACUAGUGCGCACAGAUCUUUGUUCACAUGAUAUUCUGAAAUGAAAUGUAAAAUUUAUUUAUCCUUUUCAUGGUUAUUUGUUAUUGAAAAAUGGGUAUAUUUUUGGUUAUUUUGUAGUAUGAUAGUUUCAUAGUAAGGUGGAAAAUUGACGAUCUAUCCUCUAUUUGCAUAAGAUAAGAACGUUGUAAUUUCUUCAUAUUUAGCUUAGUUUGUUGUAAGAUGUUUGAA